UCUUCUUGCUUCCAGGAUUGCGUAAUCACUGCCUUUGCUCCAAAUUCUCGCACGACAAGCGAAGAGAUCGCACACCGAUACUUCGUACCAGUCGUACCGAUGGCCGGAAACGCUGUGGAGCCCAAACGUCGCGCCAAACGUGGAACCAAGGUGAAGAGUGGGUGUGCAACCUGUAGAAUCAGGAAGAUCAAAUGCGACGAGGAUAGACCCUUUUGCCAGAAAUGUGUGAAGACGGGACGUACCUGUGAGGGUUAUCAACCUCCCUUUCAGAUAUAUAUAAACAAUGCAUUCAACAACCCUAAUGUUGACGGCAUCAUGUCCACUAUCAAUCUGAAUACCGCCCGCCCUCUCCCGAAUCAGAUCACCCCUCAAGACGUUGAACUGCUCAAGCAAUACUUCUCAAUCAAAACACUAUGCCACACAAAGCUUUUCUGUGAUGAAGAAGCUAAACAGAUUCUACAAGCCAGUCUGACAGACCCUACAAUACGACACGCGAUUUCAUCUCUCAAAGCCCUCCGGCAAGAUCUUGAGACCUGUGGGGAUGGACCAGAAGCUGUUUCGCAGCCAAGUCCAGUCUAUCAAUAUGGACUCGAGCAAUACAGUGUAGCUUUGAGAGGUCUCGCAUCCCACUUGUCCACUCCGGACUCAAAAAGAUUGAAGCCAGUACUGCUCUGCUGUCCAGUCCUGAUCAGCAUCGAGCAAGCAAGAAAGAACUAUACUGCAAUGGCGCAGCACAUGAUCGGGGGACUUAAAAUCAUGUAUGAACAUCGGACACGGCCAUAUUUUAGUUCCUCGGGCAAGUUGAUGCCAGCCCUGCAUGGCAGACUGCCAGCUCUCGAUGUCUUCGUUGUCAAACAGUUCGCCGCGCCCUGCAAAUUCGCAGAUUCACCAACAAUAGCACACGUGACCGGAGUCUUGACGACACCUCCGUCAGACAAGUCGAGCUUGAACCCUGGUAGAUCCGAUAAAUCUCAAGAUUUGCGUUCAAUUGCUCCGAACAUGCGAACAGAGCUUUCUAGCAUCGCAGCGGCUACACUGAAAUUCCUCGAUGAAGUGCCGCAUGUCUUGACAACGGAAGCUGCACUUGAUUUGCUUGCGGAGAAAACAGUCCUUUUAGAAUCCCUAGAAUCUUGGAUCGUCAAACUUGGCUUUGUUCAAAAGGAUCUUUGGUCUACUGGCACCGAACCUAUAUCCGUGUCCUUCUUGCGCUUCUUUCAUCAGACUUUGAAAGUCGUUCUUCUGGGAAUAUUACACGUAGACUCCUUUCCAGGAUUUGCCGCUCAGAUGCAUGCCGAGAACGACGCCCUACAAGCCAUUGCUGAUAGCGUGGGUGAACGCGUCAAAGACUAUGUGAUAUCCGCUGGUAUCAGCAGAGAUGUCAAUUAG